AUGAGUUCAAGCGUCACAUAUCUCGUUACUGGAGCGAACCGAGGAAUCGGGCGCGGUUUUGUAGCUGCCUUGCUGCAAAGGGCGUCGUCCACUGUCAUCGCGGCCGUUCGCGAUCCCUCUAAGGAGUCCUCCAAGGCGCUGUCCCAACUCCCUCGUGCGAGCGGUUCGCAACUUAUCGUUGUGAAGCUCGAUUCCGCUAUCGAGUCAGACGCUGCUGACGCGGUAGAGCGACUCCGAAACGAACAUAAAAUCACGUCACUCGAUGUCGUGAUUGCCAACGCCGGCAUCAAUCACUCGCUGGGUCGUGUGCUCGAAAACUCGACCGAGGCGCUCCUUGACCAUUUCUACGUUAACUCGAUCGGCCCUGUAAACCUCCUUAAGGCCACGACGGAGCAACUCAAGUCUAGCCGCAAUGGCAACCCGAAAUUCAUCGCUAUCUCCACCUUGAUCGGUACAAUAUCCGGGAUGGAACUACUUUCGAAGUUUCCCGCGCCCGUCAGUCCCUACGGAUCCAGCAAGGCCGCCUUAAAUUGGCUCUUGAGGCGAGUUCACUUCGAAGAACCCUGGCUCACCACCUUUGUCUUCCACCCGGGCCUCGUUAUGACCGAUAUGGCCGCCGAGGUUGUAGAGGGUAAAGACUUAGACCUCAAGGAUAUCGGGGCCAUCAGCGUUGAAGAGAGCGUCACAGGCAUGUUGAAGACAAUUGACUCGGCCUCGAGGGACAUUGGUGGCACAUUCCAGAACUAUGACGGGACCGUUCUACCGUGGUGA